UUUCAUGCAUCAACAUCUGCCAGUUACUCUACUUCCUGUCUGUUAGCGUGUCUCGUCGUUGUCUACAAGUCCAAUCCGACCAACUUAAUCAAAAACUCCAUUUUCUGUACGAUUGGAUUUCCCCACGCAUCUCACUGUUAUCUGAAAAAUUUAUUCAUCUUCCAGCUACACCACCAUCACCACCAUGAAGUACAUCAUCGAACACAUGGAGGAGGGCUUCUCCGAAUGGGUUAUCCUCGAGUACUCGCAAAUCAUCCGCGAGGUUGGCAGCAGCAACCUUAUUUUGACCUCUUUGCCUUCAUCCACCACCGACAAGGACAUCCCUCCAGCUCUUGCUAAGUUGGGACUUCAGUGGACUACGCAAGAGUGUGUCGAUAUCGAUGGGGGCAUCGACAAGUCGCGUGUGUGUCUCUUGGACCCUGCUGCCGAGACAGACUUGGUGCCAGAAGACGGACAAUCCUACGACUACUUCGUGUUCGGAGGAAUCUUGGGGUCCCAUCCCAGAAUUGACAGAACCGGUAUCUUGAGAAGAAAGUACGGGUUUGCUGGUAGAAGAUUAGGAGAAUUACAGAUGACCACCGAUACUGCCAUCAGAACCACCCAGAGAAUCAUCGAGACUAAGCAACACUUCAAGGACAUCGAGUUCUUGGACUAUCCUGAAAUCAGAUACAGCAAGUACGAGUCCACCGAGAUGCCUUUCAGAUACAUUGUCAAGAACGGCGAACCAGUGAUGCCAGAGGGCAUGUUGGAGUUGAUCAAGAAGGACGGGGAGCAGAGCAUUGACGACUUGAUAUAGACAAGCAAUGUAGGCAUGGCGAAGAUAUGUUAGCCAAUGUAUUAUUAAAAUUCUAUCUAAUUUGCUGAUAUGAUCAUUAAUU